AUGGCUGCUGUCACCGAAGCCACUGCCAAGCGCUUCUUCUCCUCUCCCCUCUUUGCAGUGGUGGGAGCUAGUUCCAACCCCGCCAAGUUUGGUCAUAAAGUCCAUGCCUGGUAUCUGAACCAUGAUCUGCCCGUCACUCCCAUCAACCCCGCCUCACAGUUCGUCGACGUGAAUGGCGAGCAGCACCCCACCAAGCCAGAUGUCAAGGCCCUGCCGCAGCCAAAGGACACAUCAGUCUCCAUCAUCACUCACCCAGGCAUCACCCUCAACGUCCUCAAGGAGGCCAAGAGCGUGGGAAUCCCUGCUGUCUGGCUGCAGCCUGGCACUUUUGAUGACGAGGUCCUAAAGUUCGCCUUGGAAGACGGAGCUUUCGAGGCUGUUGUCUAUGGAGAAGGAGGCAGAGGCUCUGAGGGCUGGUGCGUUCUGGUGGACGGCGAGAAGGCCAUGAAGGAUGCUGGGAAGUUGUAA